AUCAAAGAGACCGGCUCGCUCACAUCUCCUCUCUGUUUGCUGCCAGACGCGCGGGGGGCAGCUCCAGACCCGCGGAUGGGAAGUUUCUCUGCGCACUUUCUGACUCAUUUCUCCUUCUUCGGGCUACAGAUGGACGCGGCGAGGAGAAGAGCGCGUGGGAGAUGGCUCCAGUUCGCGCUCUUCACUUGUGUCUUGGAUGCAGUCUGCGGGCAGAUCCGCUACUCCAUCCCAGAGGAGCUGGAGCACGGCGCCUUCGUUGGCAACAUCGCAGAGGACCUGGGCUUGGAUUUGGAUAAACUCUCGGCGCGCAGGUUCCGCAUAGUUUCUGGCUCCAAGAAGCAGCACGUGGAGGUCAAUUUGGAAAACGGGGUUCUGUUUGUGAAUGAGAGAAUCGACCGGGAAGAACUGUGCGAGCAGAGCUCCUCCUGCUCCUUCCAUCUCCAGGUGGUGAUAGAAAACCCUCUGGAGUUGUACAGGGUGGAGAUUGAGAUCUUGGACGUGAAUGAUAACUCCCCCAGCUUCCCUUGGACCGAGUUUAAUCUGGACAUCUCGGAAUCCGCCGCGCCAGGAUCCCGCUUCCCCUUGGAGAGCGCGCAGGACCUGGACGUGGGCUCCAACUCGCUGCGCACCUAUUUGCUCAGCGUGAACGAGCACUUCCACCUGGACAUCCAGACGCGCAGCGACGGCAGCAAGUUCGCAGAGCUGGUGCUGCAGAGCCCGCUGGACAGGGAGCAGCAGAGCGCGCACCAGAUGGUGCUGACCGCGGUGGACGGUGGCGCGCCGGAGAGGUCCGGCACGGCGCAGAUCGACGUCACGGUGCUGGACGCGAACGACAACGCGCCGGUCUUCGACCAGUCCUUCUACAGGGUGCGCCUGGAGGAGAACGCGCCCAAAGGCACUGUGGUGAUCCGACUCAACGCGUCGGACUUGGACGAGGGUCCCAACGCGGACAUCACUUACUCGUUCAGCGGCCACGCGCCCAUUAGAGUGCGCCAGCUCUUCAGCGUGGACCCACACUCGGGCGAAAUCAAAGUGAAAGGUGUGAUUGAUUAUGAGAAAGCCAGGAUGCACGAGAUUUACGUCCAGGCCAAAGACAAAGGUCCGUCCGCUGUGGCGGUGCACUGCAAAGUCCUGGUCAACGUCCUGGACAAGAACGACAACCUCCCAGAGGUGAUCCUCACAUCUGUGUCCACACCUGUGCAGGAGGACGUCCCGCCGGGGACUGUCAUAGCCGUGAUCAGCGUUAUGGACAGAGACUCUGGGGAGAACGGGAACGUGGACUGCGAGAUCCCCCAUCACGUCCCGUUCCAGCUCCACUCCUCCUUCAAGAACUACUACACCUUGGUGACCUCCGAUUACCUGGACAGGGAGGCGGUGGCUGAGUACAACAUCUCCCUGACCGCCAGAGACAUGGGCUCCCCGCCCCUGUUCACCAGGAGGACGGUCCUGGUCCAGGUGUCUGAUGUGAACGACAACGCGCCGCACUUCAAGCAGCCUUCCUACUCCGUGUAUCUGACUGAGAACAACGCGCCCGGAGCCUCCAUCUGCUCCGUGAGCGCGCUGGAUCCUGAUUCGGGUCAGAACUCCUACUUGUCCUACUCUAUCCUGGAGGGGGACAUACAGGGAAUGCCCGUGUCCACGUACGUGUCCAUAAACUCAGACAACGGCAACAUUUACGCGCUGCGGUCCUUCGAUCACGAGCAGCUGAAAAACUUCCACGUGGUAGUCCAGGCCCAGGACGCAGGAUUCCCGCCUCUGAGGAGCAACGUUUCGGUCAGCAUCUUUAUUCUGGACCAGAACGACAACCCGCCUGUGAUCGUGUCCCCUGUUGCGCACAACGGGUCUGCGCCCUGCGCGGCUGUGCCCAGAUCAGCUGACGCAGGUUUCCUGGUCAUGAAAAUCAACGCAGCAGACGCGGACGCGGGUCAGAACUCGCGCCUCUUCUAUCAGCUGCUCCAAGCCACAGACCCGAGCCUGUUCAGCAUCGCGCUGUACACGGGGGAGGUGAGGACACUGCGCCACAUUGAGGACAAGGAGCCCACCAGGCACCGGCUGGUCAUUCUGGUGAAGGACAAUGGUCAGCCGCCCCUGUCGGCCACAGCUUCCAUCAUCCUGUCAGUAGUUGACAGCCUGCCAGAGUCGCAGCCAGAUUUGGAUGACCUCCACAGCCCCGACCACAGCUCCAACUUCACCCUGUACUUAAUCGUGGCUCUGGGCGCCGUUUCCUCCACGUGCCUGCUGGCCAUCAUCGUCCUGGUGGCAGUGAGGGCACUGAAGGGCAGAGUGUCCGGCAAAAAGUCCAGCUUCCCCUCCUCUUCCUCCUCCUCCGGCUGCUGGUGCUGCUGCUCUCCAGCAGAGCUCUCCUCCACCACCACGGAGGUGUUCAAAAAGUCCAACCUGAACGUGCGCAUGUCCGCAGGCGCACCGGGCUGCGUGGAGGCGCACACCAACAGCGGCUACUGCUACAAGAUGUGUCUGACGCCGGAGUCCUCAAAGAGCGACUUCAUGUUCCUGAAGCCGUGCAGUCCCGUGCUGUCGGGCCAGCAGAACAACGCCAAGAGCACAGAUUAUCUGAACUUGGGCUGGAGCGCGCUGGACCGGAACGGGCUGUCCAACAACACAGCGGCCACACCAAACCAGCUCAAGUACUCAAACAAGAACUUGACAUGGACCAUGAACCAGCGAAACUCAGCUUACAAAAGAUAUAGCUCGUCAAAUAUGGAGGGAACUCUCUCAAGACAACAAAAAAACGACACAGACAGGUUUUCCUGCUCAGUGGCACCACAGUACUGGACCUGGGGAAACCAUGUGAAUGACUCCAUGAGAUCUAUUCAAGAGGGAGCAGCUCCGAACUACUCAUGGACUCCAAAGUACCCCCAGCCUUAUUCUGAAGCGGCAGAUUAUCAACACAACGUGUACAUCCCAGGCACCACGUCGGACUGCAGCGCUCUGAAGCUGACGCCCAGAGGAGAGCUGCACGUUUACAACACCUUCUCCACCUUUGGCAAGAAGAAAAAGUUCAUCUCGCACUACGAGCAAUCUUUUGGCCAUGACGACGAGAUCAUGAGCAAUUCUGUUUUCAAAUGAACAGCUGUCUCAACUUGUGCUGGCUGAGGUAAAGCUGUAGUUCAGAUCUUUUGAAGUGAGGUUCUGUGGAAAGGAUAUGAACAAUUAACAUCUUACCUGUUUCAGAAAGCUCUUUCAACAACCUCCGUUUGGAGAAAAGGAGUUUAAUUUUGAGCUACAUCACAAGAAAAUGGCUGCUUCGAGUGGGGUUAAGAUCACACUUUUAAAACUUUCUGAGCACCAGUCUAAAGAUGUUAGUGGUUCGUGCUCUCAUUGUUUUAUAGACAUUUAAAUCACUGUCAGUUUAAAAUGUGGUGUCAUUUCUGUAGUAGUUUGAUCUUAUUUGCAAUACACUUAGCGACAGUAAAUAGGAGCUCUUAUACACAGACAGAGGGCAACAAAAGCAGGAGGAUAACAGGAGAGGGAAGAGAAAGCAUCUGCCUCGUACAAGAGUGAGUGAGGGAAAAUAAAUACAUGAGCAUUUUAGAUCA